AUGUCAACCGUUGGCAAAACCGCCAUCAACUCCGCCAGCGGUAGCCCCAGACUCGGCGGUCCCACCACUCACCGACGCCGCGUUGCAGAUUUAAUGACAGAAACAGAGAAGCCAGCAGAUAACAUACCCUGUAAAUUAGAUCACGCUGAUCAUGAAAAUCACGAUACACACAGUGACAAUGACGGCGGCCACGGUGGGUGCCAUUGCCAUAACCACCAGCACCACCCUUUAAGGCGGUAUAUGGUGGUACGUAAAAGGGUGCCAGAAAUGUGGGUUUUGGGUGCAGAAGAUUUUUUCUUCAGAUUAUGUACAGUGUGGCAUUUUUCGAAAUCAAGAACGAAUGUGGGGCGUAUUGUAUUUGGGGUUUUGAUGAUGAUGUUGGUUUUGUCGGUUUUUGUGAAAUUUUCAUUCAUGGGUGGUCAUUUAGUAGAGGUGAAUGGGAAGGUUAUUAGGAGAGAGAAUGGACUGUUGAUGCUUCAGGCGUUUAAGGGUGAUUGGUCUUAUGCUCAGAGGGUUUUGUCUGAGGCAUCUUCCGGUGCUGUCAUCCCUAACCUCCGACUGAUGAAAGAGUUAACUGUCCCAGAAAUUUGGAUGAAACCAAAUAGCGAUAGUUAUUAUCAAUGCAUUGCUCGACCAAUGAAUCGAAUAAGGACGGGUUCAGCAACAAAUGGUUAUAUCAUGGUUCAUGCUAAUGGUGGAUUGAAUCAGAUGAGAACUGGAAUAUGUGAUAUGGUUGCUAUUGCAAAAAUUAUGAAUGCCACCUUGGUUCUUCCUUCUCUCGAUCAUCAGUCCUUUUGGACUGAUCCCAGUGAUUUUAAAGAUAUUUUUCAUUGGAAGCACUUCAUUGAGGUUUUAAGAGAUGAUAUUGAGAUAGUUGAAUCCUUGCCACCCCAUUAUGCAACAGUGAAGCCCUUUCCAAAGGCCCCUGUAUCAUGGUCGAAGGCUAGUUACUACAGAGGGGAGAUUCUUUCUUUGUUGAAGCGGCAUAAGGUGAUCAAGUUCACCCAUACUGAUUCACGACUUGCUAACAAUGGCCUCGCAGCCUCUAUCCAGAGGCUUAGAUGCCGUGCCAAUUAUGAGGCUCUCAAGUACACCAAUGAGAUCGAGGAGCUUGGGAAGAAACUGAUAUGUGAUAUGGUUGCUAUUGCAAAAAUUAUGAAUGCCACCUUGGUUCUUCCUUCUCUCGAUCAUCAGUCCUUUUGGACUGAUCCCAGUGAUUUUAAAGAUAUUUUUCAUUGGAAGCACUUCAUUGAGGUUUUAAGAGAUGAUAUUGAGAUAGUUGAAUCCUUGCCACCCCGUUAUGCAACAGUGAAGCCCUUUCCAAAGGCCCCUGUAUCAUGGUCGAAGGCUAGUUACUACAGAGGGGAGAUUCUUUCUUUGUUGAAGCGGCAUAAGGUGAUCAAGUUCACCCAUACUGAUUCACGACUUGCUAACAAUGGCCUCGCAGCCUCUAUCCAGAGGCUUAGAUGCCGUGCCAAUUAUGAGGCUCUCAAGUACACCAAUGAGAUCGAGGAGCUUGGGAAGAAACUGGUGAACAGACUAAGGAAAAAUAGUGAGCCAUUCAUAGCUCUUCAUUUAAGAUACGAGAAAGAUAUGCUCGCAUUCACUGGCUGUAGCCACAAUCUCACUGCAGCAGAAGCUGAGGAACUUCGUAUCAUGAGGUAUGAUGUCAAGCACUGGAAAGAGAAAGAAAUAGACAGCAAAGAACGGCGACUCCAAGGGGGAUGCCCAAUGUCUCCCAGGGAGGCAGCUCUAUUCCUAAAGGCCAUGGGGUAUCCUUCAUCCACAACAAUAUACAUAGUUGCAGGGGAAAUUUAUGGUAGUAACAGCAUGGACGCAUUUCGUUCAGAGUUUCCAAAUGUUUUCUCCCACUCCACUCUUGCGACAGAGGAAGAGUUGGAGCCUUUCAAGCGCUAUCAGAAUCGUCUUGCAGCCUUGGAUUAUAUUGUAGCCCUUGAAAGUGAUAUGUUUGUUUACACAUAUGAUGGAAAUAUGGCGAAGGCAUUGCAGGGGCAUAGGAGGUUUGAAGGAUUUCGAAAAACAGUCAACCCUGACAGAUUGAAUUUUGUUAGACUAAUAGAUUUGUUGGAUAAGGGAGCUAUUUCUUGGGAAGAAUAUGCCUUGGAGGUGAAGAAGUCACACACCAACAGACUCGGAGCACCGUACCUUAGGCAAGCAGGAGAAAUGCCAAGACUAGAGGAGAAUUUUUAUGCAAAUCCUUUCCCUGGUUGUGUUUGUAAUAGAUCUCAGGAGCAAAUUAGUAGCCUGCAACUUGACCGGAGACCGAGUUUAAGGGUUGCUUCACAAAGAUAGGAUUUUGAUAUUAGUUAGAUAUGUGGCUUCGGUGUUAAAAUAGACGACACUCGUUGCUCCAAAUGUCGCUUAUAUGGGUACAAGAAAGAAAUUGAGUUUUCACCUAUCCAGGGGACCAUAGCAGCAAACCGGUCCAUGGAGAGGUCUCAAACUCAAGUGAUUUUGCAGAUGCAAGUUAAUAGUUUUGAUGCACAAAUACACAAGAAGAAACCAAUACUACGAGGAAGCAGAGAAGGUGUCCUACACAAAAGAGACCAAUUACAAGUCAUUUUAAAUGUGGGUUACAGAUAUUUGUACCUAUAUUCAUUAUUUUUUUCUUGGUUCAAUUGUCAUGUUCAGUCGCCAAAUGAGGCUCAUUGUAGAUUUGUAUGUAACCAUUGUUCAAG